GAUUUAUAUAAACCAAUAAUCAACCACUAAUUUUCACAUGUCGAAUCCAUCAUAAAUCAGACAUAUCCAAUGCAUCAAGAAGAAAAAAACAUACAAGAUCUUUAAUGUUUCCUCCUCUUCAGAAUCGUAUCUAAUAUCUCUGCUAACAUAAUAAUUAAAACUAAUCUCCCGAGUAAAUUAAUCUAAUCCAUAAUAACACACACUAGCUAAUCAUGUUUCAUCCGACGCAAGAAGCCAAAAGUAAGAACCAAUAUGGCAAUCUAGUAAUUAUCUCGUAAUCCUAAGGGCUUUAUGUUACUCUCUUUACUAUAUAAACCUCGUCCCUCCCAAAAACUCUCAAACCUCUCUACCUCACAUUUUCUCUGUUUCUCAAACUUUCUCGUCUAAGAAAAUACCUCACAUUCGCUAAAGCUUGAGUAAUCGGAAAAAAAUGGCUGGAGGUAUCGGAAAAUGUAGCAAGAUCCGACACAUUGUGAAGCUAAGGCAAAUGCUCCGGCAAUGGCGGAACAAGGCGCGGAUGUCUUCUGUCAGAAGAUCUGUGCCGUCGGAUGUGCCGUCAGGACACGUGGCGGUUUACGUUGGGAGCAGUUGCAGGAGAUUUGUGGUGCGCGCGACGUAUCUGAACCAUCCAAUCCUGAUGAAUCACUUGGUUAAGGCUGAAGAGGAGUUCGGUUUUGCUAACCAGGGACCGUUGGUUAUCCCAUGUGAAGAAUCGGUUUUUGAGGAAUCGAUUCGGUUUAUAACUCGGUCAAGUCGGUUUACUUGUACCGAUGAUUUAAAGAAGAAUUGCCACGAUGGUAUUAUAAGCAAGCUGGAUCUUUUGAUGGAAUCUCGGCCGUUGCUUCACGGCGUCUCUGAGAAGGCUAUCAUCUGGUGACCAGAAAGAAAAUUGCAUUCAAUUCUGACUCGGUAUUGAAGGGUUUUGAAUAACCGGGUUCAGGUUAGUAAAUUCAAGUCGGUGGGAGAUGGCCGUGAAAGGUGGGAUGAUUCAUUCCACCUGAGUCGUCCCGGGUUCGAAUCCGAGUUCAGGAAAAAAAAAACCGUGAUUUAGUUUUGGUGACUGAUUCCAUAUUUCCCAUUCAGUUUAUUUAUUUAUUGUUUUUUUUUACCUCAUCACAUUUAUUUAUUAAUUUUAUUUUCAUAUUCUUUGGAUCAAAUUUAUUUUCAAAUUGACCACGAUUGUAACCUAGCAUUUCUGUUGUCGUUGUAUCACCAUUUGAAUACAUUUAUCUUCUUUCA